CCGUGGCAGUUGGCUGGUGUGACCAACGUCCAGUAGGUGGCCGUGGCAACGGGCAGAACACCAGUAGUUCCCAAGAUAUCAACCACAGCGUCACUUCUCAUUUGUCCAAGGGAGGGACAUGUUGCCUAGUGUUGGCGCUCCUGAUGUUAGUAGUUGGAGACGUUCUACAGCUGUUGCCAGCGCCAGGAAUAUGGUGUUAAUACUAGUGGCGAUGAUGCUGUGUGUGUCUGGGGUCCAGAGUGCCCCACACUUCGCAUGCCCUCCCCAGUCCUGGUGUGUGCCCAAUACCUUCUGCCUCCCCGGACACUUCGCCUACCAGUACACACCCCAGCCACUGGCCAGCAAUCGAGAUAGAGGUACAGCCCAGGAUGACAUACAGUACAUGUGUGGGCGGACGGUGGACAGCGAGGGGACGGUGUGCUGCCGGAACCACACUAGGCUGCCCACGCCCUUCACGCCCACCUCCACAAACUGGUUUUACAUGCUUGAGAACUCUACCACUCGGCGCAUCCCGGUGGAGGUAACACCGUGGCCUGGGUACGUCGUACAGCACUCGGUGGUCGCCCUCCUCCAGCAGGAGCCCCCGAUAUGUCCACCUUCCAGUGUGUGUACUCCCGCCACCGUCUGCCCCGCCUCCAGCAUCACCUAUGCUGCUGCCAUAUUCUCUAAGGUCUUGGAAAGAAAGUAUCAGUGUGGCGGAACUUGGGACACGAGAACAUGGUCGUGCUGUUCACUACACACAAUAGUGAACGCGCUCCACGCUUACAAAGGCAGCCAAGGCUCGCCCGACGACCGUGGCGGUGUGGUUAUCAACAUAAACUUCGAACGUCAGGUAACGAAUAAAGCGUCAGGUGCUGAAGUGUUUGGUUAUAGGAUGUCCCACCACCUCCCAGACGAAGAUGAAGAUAUAAGAGUAUCUGACAUUAACGUUCCUCCUAUACCGGACUACUAUGAAAGAGAACACGCUCAAGAUCUAACAAACCAGUUUCUCAAAGCAACAAAGUCUGCCAUUAAGAGACAAAGGAGAGAUGCCAAAACCGGGGAAGGUGUUGGUGCUCGUGCCAAAGACUCUGCUUCGUCUGACGGCGGGGUCACAGUGGCACCAGUAGGGAACCUCAACGCAUCGCAGAUCCCAGGGGUCGGCUCUCCAGACCUCUCCCUCCGCGGCGCAGUUCCUCCGCCAUAUCAUGUAGACAAGAGGUGCGGGAGGCCCCUCGUGGCGCCUCCGUAUGAUGCGAAAUCCUUGGAUGGCCAUGUCGGCAUUGCGAAAGAGGGCCAAUACCCUUGGCAUGUUGCAAUUUUGACAACGAAACUGAGGUACCUAUGUGCAGGCGUGGUCAUCGCAGACAGACAUGUCCUCACUGUUGCUCACUGCGUCCAUCAUCUGUAUCCACACGAUAUUGUUGUUCGUGUUGGAGACUUCGAUCUGUCGUCCUUCGCAGAGCACCACAGAGCCUACGACGUCGCUGUCCGCAAGAUUAUCCAUCACUCUGACUACACGAGGAAGACGCUGAAUGCAGACAUCUCCGUAGUGGAGCUGGAAUACCCGGUGCUGCACCUGCCCAACGUGGUGAAGGUCUGCCUGCCGGCGGCAACUUACUCGGAUCAUAAAGAAUGUUACGUCCCAUCUUGGGGCUUCGUUCAACCGGACGAGGGUGGUUCAGAAAGGUACAGGAAGUUUAGUCAUACUCUGAAGGACGCUCGGUUUGUCACCAUAGAGGGUUCAGAGUGCCAGAGACGGUUAAGAGAUGUCAAAUACUUCGGAUCAUUUUUCAAGCUGCUCCCAGGCUUCCUCUGCGGCAAGGGUAUCCACACAGACACCUGCCAUGGCGACGGAGGAAGCGGUCUGGUGUGUCAGAACUCGGCGGGAGACUUUGUACUUCACGGGUUGGUAUCGUGGAGUAUGGAGUGCGGUCACGGGCUGCCAAUUGUGUUCGUCGACAUAAAGUAUUACCUUCAGUUCAUCCUGUACACCACCGGCUCUCUUGCGUCUGAUGGCCUCUACUCGCACGAAGGUCCUCACAUUCCCUAUGAUGGAGGAAAACGCCCUCCCCCCAGCAGACCCUUCGACCACCUCGGGCCGUCAGACUAUCCCGGCGGCGACAAAGGUUAUCCUCCCCGGUUUGACCGUGACUACGAGACGGCUGGUGAUCGGUACGAGCAUUAUAACGAUGAUGGCUAUUUGGCGACUGGCUUCAGGAGGGAUGAUGACUACUUGGCGUUUGACUAUCGGAAUGAUUACAAUCGGAAGGACGAUGGCUACUUGGCGUCUGGCUAUCUGAAGGAUGAUGGUUACUUGGCAUCUGGCUUCAAUAGGGGUGAUAGUUACUUUGCCUCAGACUACCGAAAGGAUGACCACUACCGGAAGGAGGAUGGCUACUUAUCAGACUACCGGAAGGAUGACCCCUACCGGAAGGAGGAUGGCUACUUAUCAGACUACCGGAAGGAUGACCCCUACCGGAAGGAGGAUGGAUACUUAUCAGACUACCGGAAGGAUGACCCCUACCGGAAGGAGGAUGGCUACUUAUCAGACUACCGGAAGGAGGACCCCUACCGGAAGGAGGACCCCUACCGGAAGGAGGACCCCUACCGGAAGGAGGACCCCUACCGGAAGGAGGACCCCUACCGGAAGGAGGACCCCUACCGGAAGGAGGACCCCUACCGGAAGGAGGACCCCUACCGGAAGGAGGACCCCUACCGGAAGGAGGACCCCUACCGGAAGGAGGACCCCUACCGGAAGGAGGACCCCUACCGGAAGGAGGACCCUUACCGGAAGGAGGAUGGCUACUUGACCACAGACUACCGGAAGGAUCACCACUAUCGGGAGGAGGAUGGUUACUUCACCUCAGACUACCGGAAGGAGGAUGGUUAUCUGCAGUCUGGCUACAGGAAGGAUGGUUACCUGGAGCCUGGCUAUCUAAAGGAAAAUGGCUACUUGUCAUCUGGCUUCAAGAGGGAUGAUGGCUACUUGACUUCAGACUACCGGAAGGAUAACCACUACCGGAAGGAUGCCCACUACAGGAAGGAGGAUGGCUACUUGCAGAGUGGCUUCAGGAGGGAUAAUUCCUAUCCGCCGUCUGGCCUCAGGAAAGAGGAUGGUUACUUGCAGACUGGUUAAAAGAACCAUCUACCCCCUCGGAAUGUCUAAAAAGAAAGAUGGCUAUAAGAUUGCCUAGAGUCGGUAAUAAGGUAGACUCCACAACUACAGGAAGGCAUUUUAAGCUUUUAAAUUUGUUAACGAACUGCCACUAACAUAAAUACUUACUCCAAUUAACGAUAUAUGUUGAGCUACUACAGUAGUCGUGUAACUAGGUACAAUAAAUGGCAAAGUUACCACAAAUGAUAUAAAGGUUAAGACCCCCAGAAAUAGGUGUGCGACGGUCCACAGCGGUCGUCGUGUAUUCAGACGUUAUGGUGACUGGCUUGUGGCCCUCUAAAGGCCGGUUAAUUGUAAAGUCUUGAAAGUUACGUAAAGUCUGUAUAUAUGAAAGACCAUAAGUUAAAUAAUGAACUCCAUGAUGUAUAAUUUGAGACACGGGUAUUCUAUACUACAGCAUGUGUAUAUAAUGAUUUAUAACUGUAGCAUGGUAAAACUUUAAUUUAAAGUUUUGUAGCAUAUGUUGCUUGUAUAAUAUUAAUAAAGCUUCCACAUUA